GUGACUCACAGAUGAGUGCAGAUACAGCUCUACCAAAACAGGAUGCAAUUGCUGUUAAAAAAACAAAAAAAGUAAAACAUGAUCGGGUGAAAACCCGAAGUGGCAAACACGCAAAAACGACGCAUAAGUGGCCUAAACUAAAAACACGUUCAUCACCUAUGCAGUUGUUCAAAUGCAUCAAGUCUCUAACGAGGAACCAACAAGAAGACGUUAAUAGGAUGGGUUUUGGAAAAAUGUUGUCAUUCAACAUCAGUGGGAUACCUCUAAAAAUUGCCCACUAUGUUGUGGACCACUUUAACCCACAAGAAAUGGCUAUUGAAUUGCCAUGUGGGUCAAUAGAUGUUGAUGUUCAGUCUGUCCAUGACCUUCUAGGGAUUCCUAAGAAGGGCAUAGACAUGCAAAAUGUACGAACAAAUUCAAAGCUUGAUGUUGCUGUUGAAGCAUGGAGAAAACGAUAUCGUAAACGAUUUGUGGCACCAGCGAACCUGGCACGAUCUAUACUCACAAGUGAUGAAGCCAACAGUUUUCAUUUCCGACUGGACUUCCUGAUGUUAUUCUUAACCGUCAUGGUUGAGUGUAACAAAAAUGGGCGAAUGAAAGAGUGGAUUUUGAAAACUUUUACAGGAGACACGGAUUUUAGUAAAAUCAAUUGGUGUGCCUAUCUGAUCCAACAAAUCAAAUCAUGUAAAGAUGGCUGGAAGAGUUCUGAUCCUGAAUCUCCAUUUUCUGGACCACUCACACUUUUGGCUUUGCUAUAUGUCGACAGAGUUAAAUGCACAGGAUUUCCAGUUGACCGGACAAUAUACCCAAUCGUAUUCUGGAGCAAAUACGAACUGAAAAAAAGAGAACGGUUUGAGAUAAAAAGAGGUGGCUUUGGUGGAGAGGAUUUGCAUGAAGUUGGUGUGGUUAGACGGGAUCCAAGGAAAACAGAGUUACAUGCUAAUGAUGAAGUUCUGAGUAAUGAGAUUGCAUUGAUAGAAAAACAUUUGGACGUGAUGGAGGCGAAAAGAGUUACGGUGCAAAAAAAAUUGGAAGUAGUGUUCAAUGCUCAUCCAGACAACGAGCAAGUUAAAAAAUUGAUACAACGCUUUGAGAAAAUUGUACACUCAAAAAAAACAAGGGUAUCGCUGUGGCCUGAUUCCCCAAGGGAAAAAAUUGCUGGGGUGCUCAUGUCUCUUAACAAGACAGUCCAAAACCCAGAUAAUGAUUACACGGAAGACCCUGUAGAUGAUGUGCCAAACGCGGCUGCAGUGGCAAAGAUCAAUGAUUCGAAUAAACCGAAUCAUGUGGAUGUGCGAAAUAAAAAACGCAGUGCAACGAGUGAUGAUUUACUGAAAAAAGCAUCUGGCAAUGAUCGGGGGAAUGGCAAUGGUAAGCGAAUGAAGAAUGAUUUGUCGGCAAAAGCAUCUGGCAAUGAUCGGGGGGAUGGCGAUGGUAAGCGAAUGAAGAAUGAUGUGUCGGCAAAAGCAUCUGGCAAUGAUCAGGGGAAUGGCGAUGGUAAGCAAAUGAAGAAUGAUGUGUCGGCAAAAGAUCGGGGUAGGGCUGACAAAACACCAGAGAUGAUAGAUGGAGAAAGAUGCGGAGAUGCCACUACAAAAAAAAAAUGCUACAUGUGGAGACAUAGGCAACAAAGAAAAUGAGGCAAAAGAUCAAGAGACGAUAACUACAACAAACAAGAACAACGAAACACAAAACAUGCAAGGAUUGUUUGAUGCGCCUACCUUUCACCUGCUCACACAAGACACCGAAUUAGGUGAUGAUGUCGAUGAUACGCAUGACAAAAAUCAAGAAGGGAAGGGAACGGCUGAAAAGGAUAUCACACGUAAUGCUUGGAUAAAGGAACUCGAAUCAAGACGAAGAAAACCAGUUGGUAGG